AUGGAGUUUGGAUUCGUGUUAUUUCUACUCAGCUCCGCUCUUUUUGAGCACAGCUCCGGAUUCACAACGUGGGUGGUGGGCUCGUGUAGUGGACUCUUCACUGAACAGGAAGGAGUAUUUGCGAGUCCAAAUUACCCGAACAGAUACCCGCACUACGCUCACUGCACAUGGACAAUCAGGAGCCUGGAGAACAAGUUCAUCGCCCUGAGAUUCAGCUAUGUCAAUAUCGAGUCAAAUCCAGGCUGCAGUUUCGAUGCUGUGCGUGUGUAUGAUGGUCCGUCUACUUCGUCUCCAUUACUGGGACGUCUGUGCGGAAGUUCGUCAAGGUCUUUCGGCUCAAGCGGGAACAAUCUCACCAUAGUGUUCAGCAGCGAUGGCUCUGUGGACGGCAGGGGAUUUGUCGCAAACUGGUAUUUCACAGACUACUGUUACUACACCACAACAGCUCCUGCACCAGCAUGUGGUGGGAGGCUGCACGGCUCCGGCUCCAUCUCCAGCCCUUAUUACCCCAAUUAUUACCAUGACAACGCGUACUGUGAGUGGCAGCUCUCAGCUCCAGCAGGACAGACCAUCUUCCUCUCCUUCCAGGACUUAGAUCUGGAGCGCUGCUGCAGCUGUGAUUAUGUGAAAGUGUAUGAUGGUUCGUACGUCGGGUCCCGCUUGUUAGGAACGGUCUGUUACAAUGACACAAACCAUCUGGACUUCCAGUCAUCUUCAUCCUACAUGACCGUGCUGUUCAGGAGCGACUACUCCGGGGUCGGACGUGGCUUUAAAGCCUCCUUCAGCUCCUCCCUCAGCUCAAAUACAGGUCGUGUAGAUUGCUCCUCUGAGAAGAUGAAGAUUACUAUCCGUAGAUCAUACUUGGACUCAAUGGGUUUUAACUGGCAUGACCUUUACCUGGAUGACCAUCGCUGCACACCUUCAGCUGACUACUACUACGUCACCUUCAACUUCCCAAUCCAUAGCUGCAGCACCAGAAGGGAGGCCGAGAACGGACGUAUUAUUUACACCAAUAAUGUGCGAGCCGCUCAGUCAACGUCAGGCGAGAUCACGAGGCAGGACACAAGCUUCCUAAUGCGUGUGAGGUGUGUAAUGGAGCGUGAUUCUUCAGUCGGGACACUUUAUGAAGCUCUGGAGAAUAACAAUGCAACCAUCAGUGGAACAGGUCGGUUCAACACCAGCAUGGCCUUUUACCCAUCCAGCAGCUUUUCCUACCCCAUCACCGAAUCCCCCUACAAAGUGAACCUCAAUCAGCAACUGUACGUGCAAGUCCAGCUAACCAGAGCUGAACCAACCCUCCACCUGUUUAUGGACACCUGUGUGGCCUCGCCCAACAAUGACUUCUCCAUUCGUACCUAUGACCUCAUACGCAAUGGGUGUGCGAAAGACAGCACAGUUUACAUAUACAGAAACGGAAAUCGUUACUUCGCUCAGUUCAGAUUCCGUGCAUUCAAGUUCCUGCGUACACACAGCCAGGUGUUCCUCAGGUGUGAUGUCAUUAUCUGCGUCGACAACGACUACAACUCACGAUGUCGCCAAGGAUGCCGUUAUCGCAAGAAACGAAGCUUGAGCUCUGAUCACCGCACUGAGGUCGUCACCCUUGGGCCAAUUACACUCAAAGAUCAAGAGGAGGCUGUGGCCAAGAUUGAGGACAAGAAUUGA